GCUUGGAGGGAAGGAAAUGAAGGGUUAGCGGCCUUUAUGGCUGACAAAAUCACAGGUUUCCUAUUCGGUCAACAUCAUGAUACUUCUCAUAGUAAACAUUUUCAGCGAGAGACGCUGGCGGCUAAGCUUCUUGAAAUUGGCAAAUCACUUUUGAGAAGUUGCUAUCAGGAUAGCAAAUUGGUGCCAGAAGAGAAUAAGGCUAAUGAGGCUAUUCGAUGGAUGCAAAAGGCGUUUUCCGUCAUCGAGCAUCUUGAUUGCGCGAGCAAUGCUGAGCUCGCUGAGCUUAAAAUCGGCCCCCUAUUAGCCCGUGGUUACUUCUUGUCAUCAUCCCAGGAUCCAGAGAAUUUGAUCAGAGCGGAAACCGCGCUAGAAGAAGUUAUUGCAACUAUCAGUCCUUCUGUAGACAACGUAAGCUCCGAAUACCAGCAACUCCGAUGGAUGAAGUUGGCUGUCAUGAAGCGGCGAAAAGCUGGAGAUACUGUUCUUCUUCAAGCCCUACAAGCUAUCAUUGACAACCUGACAUAUUCAGAAAGCAAUCUUACCGAAUCCGUUUCAAAAGUGUCCUACAGGAACUUCGGACGCUUUCUCAGUAUCAGUACUCAAUUAGUCACGAGUGCAACUCAGUACUGCCUUCAUCGGGCCUUGCACUGCUCUUGGAGCACAGAUGCCGUGGAAAGGCUUCUCAUAUCUCUCAUAUUCCAUUGUUCCAAAGAUGACAAACACGACAGAGCCAUACAAGAUCUACAUGGAUCUUUCAAAGGUACGUCUCAUUUCAACCUUGCUCUUUUGUGGCAAUACGGUGAUCGCCAUUACCAUGCAGGGCGAUGGAAAGAAGCUGCGGAUUGGUUCAGUUGCGGCACACAUUCUAUAUUUACCAGUUUGGGUCCUGUCAGCAGCUCGAAGUGUUUCCGGAAGGCUGCCCUAGCGCAUCUUAAGCGAAAGGACUACGCUCAUGCGGGCUCGAUUAUCCGCCGAUGUCCUGACACAGAAGCUACGACGCAAUAUGUAACCUUCCUUAUUGCGGUUUAUCAAGCGAUAAAAUCAAUUCGCAAUAUGGUGCACGCCGCGAAUUUCGAUCGCAAAAUGAUUUUAUUGGCCUGCCGGUUGGCACACGACUUGGAUAUGAAAAAUCUUCUUCUGAACGUGCUCAAGGCUCUUCUUGAAACGCUAAAUUUGCGAGAGAACGUGGGGAACGUCACUGAAGCUAUGACGCUGGUAAGAUGUAUAAUCAGGCUUAUCGUUAAGCUCCUUGGAGAACCUGCUGCCGAUUUGGACCGCUUAAUUGCAGCAUUACUCCACCACCUGAAGAUUGCGGUGACUGUUGCGGAAUCUUGUGAACAGCCUGCCAUACUUGCCAGAGAUGUAUCCUGGCUCUGGAGGACUGCAUACAACUGUGCUAUCCAAGCUUGCUCGGAUUGGGAGGACAGAGAGGAUCAAAUAUCUGACAUCUUCGACGCAGCGAGACGACUUCUCGAACUCUACACCUUACACGCAACCGUAGAUGUGGACCAGGCUGUCUACGUUUACUUAGUGAAUGCCUCGUUUGCAUCCGCCUCGGGCCGUGUUAUGUCUUUCAGACGUUUGCGGUCGCAAACAGAAUCGAUUGAACCUGAGAAAUACCGCAAUCUGUUCAACGAGAUCAAUCAAUCAUCACAGCGCAUUAGCAAGGUUUUACGAGAGGAGAAGGUAUCGCAGGAGGACCUUCCUCGACUUGAGUCAUCCUUGCAGAUUUUACGAGUUUUCAUCGUCGAAGCGGCAUGUCACCUGUCAGAUUGGCCCACGGUCCUGGCUACAAUUGAGGAACGGAACUUAUUUUGCACGCAGGAAGCAUCUCGCUCCGAUCGAGAUUCGUUAGAGACGUACGAGGCAUUUGCUGACGCUCUAUGGGAGGACAAAAACUGCCCCAUACACGUCCUUUUCACAGCGCUAGAAGCUACACUUCACGCAUGUUUGGCCCGCGGGCACUUUUCUCUGGAGAAAUUUGCUCGGUGGCUUCGAGCUAUAUGCAUUAUAUUACUGACGAGAGCAACAGGAGCCGAUCGAUCCAAGGCAAUUGGUUACGUGGAUCAAGCCAUCGCUGUCCUGGAGGAGCAUGGCGACGCUAGGGACGGUGGUGACCUGCUCUAUCCUCUGGACGAGCGUCAAUGGCUUCUGAGCACAGCGUACAACACUGGCCUCGAGUGUCUUCAGUCAGUGGAUAUCUCAUGGGACGUAUGCUGA